AUGCCCAAUGGAGUUGCUGUACCCACGAAAAGUCUUUCGCGAAAUGGCAUCGAUAGGUUUUUCCAACCAGCAGCUGGUCGAACUCCCAUAGUUAUCGAAGAAAACGAUGAUGCUGCUUUCGCUGCUCGCUUGCAAGCAGAAGAGGAUGAGCUGGCACGCCGACACCACGCGAAGAAGCACGUAGGUACUGGCACCCAAGCGUUGUUUGAUGCCACUCAAGAGCUCGCAGACUUGCCUGAAGACGCAUUCUCUUCUUCUUCGCCGGAGAAAUCGCCCAAUAGGAACGCCCCGAUUGAGAUAUCUUCUCAGCCAGCACAUCAACAAGUCAUCCGUCCCGCUGGCCUUCGUGGGCCACAGACUGGACUAAAGCAGUUGACGAUAUUUGGUCAACCUGCUACGCAAGACCUCUCUGCCUCUCAAGCGGCCCACAAGAGGCACGCUUGGCCUCUGGCAAAUCGCGAUGAAAAGGCGACGCAUCACAAGCUCGAUGAAAAGGCCAUGAUGACAUGGGUGUAUCCUACCAAUCUUGGCAGUAUACGCGAUUACCAGUUCAACAUUGUUUCUCGUAGCUUGUUCCAUAACACCUUAGUAGCUUUGCCUACAGGUCUCGGAAAGACCUUCAUCGCCGCUACAGUCAUGUUGAACUACUACCGAUGGACCACGCAUGCACAGAUCGUAUUCAUGGCACCGACCAAACCACUUAUUGCACAGCAGAUGGAAGCGUGUUAUGGCAUUGUAGGGAUCCCUAAGAAGGAUACCGUACUCAUGACUGGAGAGACCACGCCUGCUGCACGAGCAGAUCAGUGGCUUGAGAAGCGGGUAUUCUUCAUGACUCCACAGACGGUCAUCAAUGAUCUGAAGACUGGCAUCUGCGACCCCAAGAAGUUUGUGCUACUCGUGGUCGACGAGGCCCAUAAAGCGACUGGUGGUUACGCGUACACGGAGGUCGUGCAAUUCCUCCGUCGCUUCAACAGCAGCUUUCGCGUGCUGGCCCUGACUGCUACGCCCGGCUCCACGACCGAGGCCGUACAAGCUGUUAUUGACAAUCUUGGUAUUGCCCGUGUGGAGCUACGCACCGAGAGCUCACUCGACAUCAGACAGUACACGCACGAGAAGCAAACCGAUACACAUGUAUUCGAAUUCAGCCCAGAGCAGGAACUGGUUAUGGGGCUUUUCGCGAAGACGCUGAGGCCACUGCUCGACAAAGUACGAGGGCAAAAUGGCUACUGGUCAAAUGAUCCCCUAGCAUUGACGCCAUAUGGUCUGACUCAAGCUCGUGCGAAGUGGGCGCAGUCCGAUGCAGGCCGCAAGGCACCACCUGCUAUUAAAGGCAUGAUGAAUGUCGUCUUCAACGUGCUGGCAAGCCUAGCGCACAGCAUCGGACUUCUCAAGCAUCACGGCAUUGGACCAUUCUAUUCUUGCGUUCUCAACUUUCAGCGCGAAGUGGAGAGCGGUCAGCAGAAAGGCAAAACAGCAGCCAACAUCUUACAGGAUGCAAAUUUCGUAAAGAUGAUGAGUACCAUUCGAACUUGGACCAACAAGCCAGAGUUCAUUGGUCAUCCGAAGCUGGAGUAUCUCAGAGAGAUUGUCCUGAAUCAUUUCCUCGACGCUGGUGAAGGAAGACAAGGUAGUGACGUACCGCCUAGCGCAACCCGUAUCAUGGUCUUCGCCAGUUACAGAGACAGUACAGAAGACAUAUGUCGCGUCUUGAAGCGUAAUGAGCCCAUGAUCCGGCCUCAUGUCUUUGUGGGACAGGCCGCGUCGAAGGGUCAAGAGGGAAUGAAUCAGAAGCAGCAAAACCAGAUCAUCCAAGACUUCAAAGGUGGAAAGUACAACACUCUCAUUGCUACAUCGAUUGGUGAAGAGGGGCUCGACAUUGGCACUGUCGAUUUGAUCGUCUGCUACGACGCUUCUUCAUCGCCAAUCCGUAUGUUGCAGAGGAUUGGCCGUACAGGCAGAAAGCGCACGGGCAAGGUGGAGCUGCUGCUGACCAAAGGGAAGGAAGAGAAGGAUUAUGAGAAGGCACAGGAUAACUAUGCUUACAUUCAAAAGACGAUCGCGGACCCGUCCAAGUAUGACUAUCGAGAUGACCAGAGUCCUCGGAUUCUACCCAAAGAGUUUAAGCCAGUGGCUGACAAGAGACCUGUCGAUAUCCCGGUAGAGAAUAGCCAGCCGGUCGAUCUCAAUGAAAAGCAUCGUAAAGGAAAGGGCAAGGGCAAGAUCAAGCGACCCCCCAAGAAAUUCCACAUGCCGGACAAUGUGCGGACAGGCUUUGUCAAGGCUUCGAAGCUGGACUCUGACAAUAUACCUGCCACGUUCCGCAGAGUGUCUAUACCGAUCAUGCCAGAGCUGGAGCCAGAGAUAGCACCACUGCCAUAUCUUGAGGACGUGCUGUUAACGCGCGAGAAGCAGCAGGAGCUCGAGGAAAGAUACGCGCGUACAGCUGAUCCCGAAGCAGAUGGGUUAGUCUAUGCUCCUGAUAUCGAGCGGUUUCCGCAGAAGCUGCGCGACCUUGGUCCAACGAUAUAUACCAAGCAUGGU